GGUUUCUGCUAUUCAGGACUUACUUUAUUCUAUGUCUGUGGAGAUGCCCGUGCGCAUUCGGGCCCCCUCACGGGGAUGUGAUAUGAUGAAAUGGAUUUAUCGGGAAGGGAACGCGAGAGCUGAUGAACAGACUUGGAUGGCUCGGAGGGGCCAGGACCACUUGACAAUCGAUAACAGGUUAUUUACAGUGAACGCUUCGAGCGUGCUCGGUGUGAGGGGCUUCUUCGACGGAGGCCGCUCCUCUGAGGGUUGCGGCGGCGGCUGGGUCCUCGAUCUGUACAGUCUCCCAUUGCUUCCCUCUCAUCUCAAUCAUCUUAAUAAUCUUGACGGCUCCGCCUCCCCGAGUGGCUGCUGGUGGUGCGAUGUCGCCUCUGAAGCCCUCUGUCUCCCGCCCUCGUGUGCAGUGACCCAGGCUGAACUUCUUGCUGUAAAGCACCUACUCAAAGGUGUGGUGGCGGUCCUGCAGGCGCUCGGCCUGUUGCCCCCCUUCUGCGUUAGGCUGUGUCUCGAGCGGGCCUGAACUCAGGCCUGUGGCUCUGCGCAAAGCAAAAAAAGUGCAGCUGUCCCUCCUCGGGGAUCUCAGCGGCGACCUGGCCCGUCGCGGGCCCCCUCGAGCCGCGUCGUGCGGGCGGGUUUUGUGCAUGCACACGUAUCGUGCAUCCCUGGUUGCCGAACGGGUGAUCUGUCGGCAUUGGAUUGAUUUCUCUGCUAUCAGUUCUUGGGAUUUCUGUCUGGCCGAUUCUUUGGCAUCAAAGCUUGGGACAUCAGGCCUCGCAUUGCUGUUAUCAUCCUGUGCCCCUUCCUUGUGAGGCGCCAUGACAGCUCAGUUUUGUUCUUGCCCUUGCAUCUCUCCGAUCCCUUCCUCUUCGUGGCGUCGACGAAUGCGGCGGGUGCGACUCGUCGCACGCAGACAGACGUAUGUUGAUCUACUUCAGGAGCAAGACAGGCUCAGAGAAGUUGCGUAUCAAUCUUUCCAAGAUGGGAUUUUGGUGGCUAUGUGCAACUAUUCUAUCCCUUCUGUAUGCUCUCCACAGGUUAGCACAGACCAUGCUUGUGUCGGUGUCGCUUCGGAGCCCAUGCACGCGCAGACUCCCGCUGCAGUUGCUGAGAUGGGGCAGGAGGAAGAGGCGGAGGAGGAGUAUGCUCAUGCUGUUUCGUUGGCAGUUUCUUUGGAUUCCAAGCGUUUCGAGGGAGAAGGUGCUGCACCUUCAGGCGUUUCUGCUUGUGACGGUGUCGUUUCGGAGCCCAUGGUCGCGCAGCCUUCCACGGCAGUUGCGGAGAUGGAGCAGGAGGGGGAGGCGGAGGAGGAUUAUGUCCAUGAAGUUUCCACGGCAGUUGCUAAGAUGGAUUUGCAGGAGAAGGAGGUGAUGGAAGAGGAUGAGGAUGACUUGCAGCACGAUCAAGCACCGGAAGCAAUGGUUGAUGUUGAAACAGCAGUGGAGCUCGUGCCAACACACCUGCGGAUGCCGUCUGGCAACAGUGGCAACGUGGUUUGGAUCCCGAGGCGAACUGUAGCAGUGCUCCAGACAGUAAACCUCUUAUAUACACGGACCCCCACACAUUCCAAGAGUUGAAUAUGCUUCAACGUCUUCUGGGCAGUGGCUACUCCCAUGCGGAUAUCUCGUACUUUGAGGGCUGUCUGGUUGCAGCGGGCUGGGAUGAGGAGCUCGGUGUAAACUCCGUUUCCUGUAUAGAGUCACUUCCGCGGGGAUGUGGUGGACGGUGGAGGAGUUGCUGCAAAAAUCGGGUCACGGUGUGGCAUGCUUUGCAGUGCAGCGAGGUCUGGGAUGGUGCUUUCCACGAUGAAGAGCUCAUGAAUGAUUUUCUUGAGUCGGUCGUUUCUCGUCUAAGACGUGAUGGGGCGAGGAUAUGGGAAGACGUUCGGCAAAGUUAGAUGCUACUCUCGCUCUUUUGCGAAUUUGAUGGUAUUCGUUUGCUGGGCUCAACUCUUGCUUUGAUUGUACUCGCUGCGUUUGUUGCCUUGUACUUCCAGGCCGCUUGCCUUGUACUUGUUGCAUUGUCUGCUUGUGCUCUUGUCUUACCGCGGGUUGUUACGGCAUACUUCGGACUUUGUGUUUGCGUUGACUCUUGCCAUGCUGUGUGUGUGUUGGGCAUGCGCGCAUGUUGGUAUAAGAGCUCCGCGUGUUCUUCACUUUGUUCGGAAUAAGAGUUUUGCAUUUGCCCGCUCCCGCUCAAAAAGUGGUGGGUGCCUUGCCUGACUCUGUAUGCCGCCCGUCUUCCUGCUAGCGACUGGGCCAGACGGGCCGCGCUGUCGGCCGCAAAUUCGGCGUUGUGUUUCACGUGCGUGGUCUUUCAGUGGUGUUGAGACGGUAAUCGCUGUAUAAACCUGUGGUUGCUGUAUGGUCUCUCACUGCUUCUUGCUUUGCUUCCAUAUCUAUGGUCUGCAUUGCUUUCCUCAUUUUUUCGUGUUUUCUUUAGUGGGAUUUACGCUCUUGGGCAUUGCUGUACAGCUUCGCUGUUAGUGCGCUCAGCGUUUUGCUCUCAGGCUCUGUUCUGAGUUGCUUUGUGUUUCGGUCUGCCUCCGUGGAGGCUCGAAUCGACCGUCCGCAAAAGACCGCAAAAGACCAGGUUGACGGUUCACCGCCGGCGCCAGUCU